CGCCUCUACUGAGCAGCCCCCCUCAAGAAGAGCUUUUUAUGGAAGGUAACCUUGGAACUUUUGAAAGCGAGAAGAAUCUGCAAAAUACCAAAGAAGUGGAUAAAAAAACGCACGACCGGGUGUUUUUUUGCAUUUUCUCUCGCGUUUUCUCCCCUUGUGUCUGAAUGAAACAGGGAGGCAAAUGUAAGGGGAAGAGGGACGGUGCAGGUUCUGAACUGGGAGUCGAUCUGUCAGAGUGAUUUUGGGUAAACACGUUUCCAGUGCGCCUGUUUUAACUUUAUUUCUUCUGAAACUGGUGAGCUCCACUCCUCUCCUCUCCGAUUUCGCUUUUUCUCGUAACAAGGAGACUUUGGUGUUUCCCUCUCCUUCAGAGAAACUGCUUAAACUUUCUACGUUUAAAAAAAUAAAUAAAAAGAUCGGAUUGCAUUUUCCCCCUUCAAACAUUUUGGAGGUGAUGUCAUCGUGCUGUGUUUUGGCUGGUAUUGUGUCGAGAGGGCGCAGGGAGGACUCCUGCAGCCAGGCAGUAACCAGCGUCUGAAGCAAGCUUGGAAGUCCGGAAAAUCAGGUGCAAAGUGCGGCUGUCAUUUCCUCGCUGUGUCGCGGGUGGCUGAGUCCGCCACCCAGUCACAGCUGUUCCCAUCCUCUCCGCCACCCCGCCCUCCAUCGUCUUUUUUUCCUUUUAUUAUCCCCUCCCAUUUUCAUUCAGCACUCUCGAUAAACUGAGCUGGACCGCUCCGGGACCUUAUCACCCUCCCUGUCUGACACUGUUGGUGGGUGUCACCUGAGCCACAGACCCGUUGAGCCAGCGUGGGGACGCAGUCAUGACCGAGGCAGCCCUGCAUUACCCUGCGCCCGCAGAGCCCCCGUCUCCAGCUCGCCGUUUGCUCCAUCAGCUAGCCCAGGUAGCCCACCUCCAACAGCUCCUCACCCUGCUCUGCUGGGAAUAAAUCUCCUACUCCAAAACAUUUUUAUUAUCUCACCGACUGCUUAAUUCAUGUUUGUGACUAGAAGUUUGCUGUUGCGCUGAAACAUUACGCAUUGGAUUACGCAGAAGAUUACGCACGCACCGCAUUUGUCCAAAUACCGAGCAUCACUCUGAGGGUCAACAAGAUCGAUUGGAGUUGGUUAUCUAUCACGCGUGAGCGCGCUUUCACCUGUUCCUCUCCUUGUCGGGAACGCGCAGCCUUUUAAAGACCUAACCUUCCCCCUUUGCUCCCCCGCCCAUCCGUCUCUCCGCCGUUCUGGACAGCUGUUAGAGGUUGCCCGGCGGUCACAGUGGCACAGUUACCCCUGCCUCACAUCCCAAAUUCCCCACGCCGGGAGAACCGGGGCACGCCGCCGCCGAUGCCAACGGGAGUGUCCGCAGACUCUUUUACUCUACAUAACAUCCAGCGGAUUCAAAACACAGAGGGGAACUCUCCGGACUGUCGGACUGGCUCAGACCGAGCGAGGAGACUGUCUCUGGGACAAGUUCCAUAGUGGAGGGGGGAAGCAAUGUGGUCCCUUCUCUCCACGCUGACCGUCUUAUGUAUCCAGAUGUUGCUGGUGAUGUCCAAUCCAUUGCAGCAGGUACUUGGUGUGGAUGGGGUCAACUUCAGUGUGCAUGUGGAGAACCAGACGCAGGUGAGAGACACCAUGAGUCGGCGACACCACCGGGUCUACCAGCUCUACAGCCGCACCAGCGGCAAACACGUCCAGGUGUUGGGACGUAGAAUCAGCGCUCGAGGAGAAGAUGGAGACAAAUUUGCCCAGCUCGUAGUGGAGGCUGAUACCUUUGGUAGCCAGGUGAGAAUCCGGGGCAAAGAAACCAAUUUCUACCUGUGCAUGAACCGCCGUGGCAAGCUGGUAGGAAAGAAGGCCAGUAAUCGAAGCGAGGACUGCGUCUUUGUGGAAAAGGUUCUGGAAAACCACUACACAGCUCUGAUGUCAGCGCGCUACACAGGCUGGUAUGUGGGCUUCACUAAAAGAGGUCGUCCUCGCCGUGGCCCCCACACACUCCCAAACCAGCAGGACGUACACUUCAUGAAGCGCUUCCCGCCAGGGGAGCAGCCUGACCUCACCACCCCCUUCCGCUUCACCACCGUCAGCAAGCGGGGAAAGCGGGUGCGCGCUACCGGGCCCCGCUAGUAGUGGCUAACACUAGCACCCACUUUCCUGUCAUCCAAAGCCUUGACCUGAGCCUGCGAAUGGCUAACCCAGUCAUCUCCUCUGUCGCACAAGACUGAACACCUCCGUUUGUUGGGACAAACAUUGACCAGGAAUUGAUGAAUCAUUCAUGGGGCUCAGCUUUACACCUACUAAUGUGCCACUACAGCCCCCUAGUAAGUGAUCAUUCCUCUCAAUAUAAGAUCCCAAACUGGAUCAUAACUGGUACAUCGCUGGAAGCUCUAUGGACCUGGUCUGCUCCCCUUCGUUGGCCAGAAAUACUGACAAAGAACCUGAAGGCCGCCAAAGUCCCAGACUCUACUAAGGCCUCUUUUUCCACAACCACAAAAACAAGGCCUUCAUGUCUCCUGUUCUGGACAAGCUGGACAAUUUAAAUUUGGGAUUACAACUGGACCAUACAGAGAGAGAACAAGGCUGGGAAGGCUGACUGAACAAGAGAGUGGGUGCUAGUCCUACGGAUAAAGGGAAAACAGGAAGGAGAGGAAAGGAAAGCGGACAAAGGGAUUGAGUGAUCUGCACAGAUCAAAUGGACCAAAAAUGGACUGUUGACAUGUGACGCACUUAUUUGUCUCACUGCUAAAUUGGUGUGAACCUGUGAGACUGUUGGAUGAAUGAGUGAUUUAGUGAAUAAACGCAUGUUUGUAAGAACAAGAAGUUGUAUGCAAGAGUGUUUGUGUGUGAGUGAGCGAGUGUACAAACAACCAUGAGUGAAGCUGGAUCACGAGGGACUCUGGAAAGGGACCAUCCAGCUCCUGCAUGAACCCGUGACAACUCACCGCAGGGACUGAAGCUUUAAGAACUGGAAUGUAUAAUAACCAAGCUGCACCAAAAACAGCCAACCAAACACAGCAAACCAAACCAACCAAAGACAACUGGAGAUCUUCUUCAUGACUCCUCCACACACCCUGCCCCCCCCGAGGACACUACACCCUCAGCUUAUAGGUGCAGAGGAUGACAAGUGUGGUUGGGGCACGGUGCGGAGGUUGCCUUGUCUAUUAGCAUUGCUAUAGAAACGACCCAGGGGAUGAUGCUCCUGUGCGAUACCGUGGAAACAGAAUGCUGCUACCAGGACAUUCAGUGGAACAAACCAAAGUCUCAUGCAUACAAACAGGAGAAACAUAUUAAAGGGAACAAUUUAUUGAAAGUUAUAUAUAUAUUAUAUAUAUAAAAGAAGACAGAAACCCUAAAUAAGCAAUCUUACUAUGAUGGUUAUUAUAAUUAUUACGAUAAAAUUAUUUCAUUUAUUUAUUUCAGCUCUGUGUGCAGCAGUCUUUCUCGACUCAGUAAACCUUACAGAAACAUUU